AUGAAUUUAAAUACAUUCAGAAUUGAUUUCAAAAAAGAGGAGUCCAAGAAUGCCCAGUCCCCGUUAUCUAGUGAAGAACAUGAUAAUCUGGAAAAAAAAAUAAAUGAUGGGAUGAAAAAGGCAAUAGACAGUUUUUUGCAAAUUGAUGGAAUGCAGGACCCAUUUGGAGGUGACAAUGGUCCAGAAUUCACUUGUGCUAUAUCUUGGAUGUUCUUUUCUGUUUCCUAUAAUAUAGAAAUAAAUUUGAUUUUCUUGAGUAAUAAUCAACCAUAUCCAAUAGGAGAACAUAUUGCAAUUAGACCAACUAAGCAAACAAAUACAAUUAUUUGGCAUCAAAAUGAUCCUUUAGAUGAUGUACCAAUAAUGUCCAUGCAAGAAUUAAUGUUACCACAAUUAACAGAGCCAAUUCCAAUUCUUUUGUCUCGUACACCUUCACCACAACAUGAUUAUAAUAACAACUCAUUUUCACCAACUCUCACUGACCAUCAUCAUCAUUAUUGUCUAAAUAUGAUGAGUCCAGAAGAUGAAACUAAUCCUAUUUCCAAUUAA